GGCGGCGGCGGCGGCGGCCCUGCGGGCGGCCGGGAGGGGCGGAGGCAGCGGCCGCCGCCGUUUGAUGGAUCCGAGGAUCGCCUGGUUCCAGCCAGAGCAGCUCGGACCGUCCAACAGUCUGUGGAUGCAGAUCUGGGAGACGACCCAGGGGCUGAGGAACCUGUACUUCAACCACCACUGUCACAGCAGCGGCGGCGCGAGCGGCGGCGGCGGCAGCAGCACGGCCACCGGCGGGAGCGGCAGCAGCACCGGCAGCCUCGGCGGCGCGGCCCCGGCCCCGGCCCCGGCCCCGGCGGGCAUGUACCGCUCCGGGGAGCGCCUGCAGGGCGGCCACGCGCAGGCGGCGGAGUCCCGGGACUUCCUGCCGCUGGAGACGACCAACAACAACAACAACCACCACCAGCCCGCGGCCUGGGCCCGCCGGGCCGUCGCGGGCCCCUCGGCGUCCCUGUCCCCCUCGGCGUCCCCGUCUCCGCACUCCUCGGCCGCUGUCCCCGCCGCGGAGCCCGCCGACCCGACCUCCGGCAGCAGCAACAAGCGGAAACGCGACAACAAGGCCAGCACCUACGGACUCAACUAUAGCCUGCUGCAGCCCAGCGGAGGGCGGGCGGCGGGCGGCGGCCGGGCGGACGGCGGCGGGGGCGUGUACAGCGGGACCCCGUGGAAGCGGAGGAACUACAACCAGGGCGUCGUGGGUCUGCAUGAAGAGAUCAGUGAUUUUUAUGAAUACAUGUCUCCAAGACCUGAGGAAGAGAAGAUGCGGAUGGAGGUAGUGAACAGGAUCGAGAGUGUCAUCAAGGAGCUCUGGCCCAGCGCCGACGUCCAGAUAUUUGGGAGUUUCAAAACUGGCCUUUAUUUACCUACCAGUGACAUCGACCUGGUGGUAUUUGGGAAGUGGGAGAACCUACCGCUCUGGACCCUGGAAGAAGCUCUUCGGAAACAUAAGGUUGCAGAUGAGGAUUCGGUGAAAGUUCUAGACAAAGCAACUGUACCUAUUAUUAAAUUAACAGAUUCUUUUACUGAAGUGAAAGUUGAUAUCAGCUUUAACGUACAGAAUGGUGUGAGAGCAGCUGACCUCAUCAAAGAUUUUACCAAGAAAUAUCCUGUAUUACCAUACUUGGUUUUAGUAUUGAAACAGUUCUUAUUACAGAGGGACCUUAAUGAAGUAUUUACAGGUGGAAUUGGUUCUUAUAGUCUCUUUUUAAUGGCAGUCAGUUUCCUUCAGUUACAUCCCAGGGAAGAUGCUUGCAUCCCCAAUACGAACUAUGGUGUUCUCUUAAUAGAAUUUUUUGAAUUAUAUGGACGACACUUCAAUUAUUUAAAGACUGGCAUCCGGAUAAAGGAUGGUGGUUCAUAUGUGGCCAAAGAUGAAGUGCAGAAAAAUAUGCUGGAUGGCUACAGGCCAUCGAUGCUUUACAUUGAAGAUCCUUUACAACCAGGUAAUGAUGUUGGAAGGAGUUCAUAUGGGGCCAUGCAAGUGAAACAGGCCUUUGACUAUGCUUACGUCGUGCUGAGUCACGCGGUGUCACCCAUAGCCAAGUACUAUCCCAACAACGAGACGGAGAGCAUAUUAGGUAGAAUAAUUAGAGUAACGGACGAAGUUGCCACGUAUAGAGAUUGGAUAUCAAAGCAGUGGGGCCUGCAGAACAGGCCUGAGCCUUCAUGCAACGGAAAUGGUGUUACCUUGAUAGUAGAUACUCAGCAGUUAGAUAAAUGUAAUAAUAAUCUGUCUGAAGAAAAUGAAGCCCUUGGAAAAUGUAGAAGUAAAACUUCGGAAUCUCUUAGUAAACACUCUUCAAACUCUUCAUCAGGUCCAGUGUCUUCCUCUUCUGCCACACAGUCCAGCUCUAGUGAUGUCGAUUCCGAUGCGACACCGUGCAAAACCCCGAAGCAGCUGCUCUGCCGUCCGUCCACUGGGAACCGAGCAGGGUCGCAGGAUGUGUCCGUGGGGUCCCCUCAGGCAGGUGGGAAAACGCAGAGCUCCCAAACCACUAACACGUCCAACAACCCCGACAAACCGCAGCACGGAUCAGCAAGGCUCUUUCGUUCUUCCAGCAAAGGCUUCCAAGGUACAACCCAAACGAGCCAUGGUUCCUUGAUGACAAACAAACAACAUCAAGGCAAAUCAAAUAAUCAGUAUUACCAUGGCAAAAAGAGGAAACACAAGAGGGACGCGCCCCUCUCAGACCUCUGUAGAUAGUCACCGUUGUACGAUGGACGGUCUUCUGUGUGCAGUGACCUCAAGCCCAGGACAGUUGCCUGGGGACUCCUGGGACACGUUUGGGAGCCUUACACUGUUCUCAUGUUGAUUUAGCCACUGCGUUUUUUCCCAGCUCGCCAUGGAAUGGAUCAUGAAGACUGACAACUGCAAAAAACAAAGAGCAAGUGAAAAAAGGGCAGGGGAAAAGGCGCUCCUUUGAUAAGUCAUAUGCUACAACAGGGUCAUUUUAAGAUUUAAAGCUUGAAUGUAAAAUAAACAUAUUUCUCAUUGGCUUUAUGCAGAGUUAGUGGGAAUAGUGUUCAGUGUGGGUAGGGUGAUACGAAAAAAACAUUUCAGAGGAUUGGGGUGGGAAGGAGAACAGAGGUAAUCACAUAGGAAGUCCAGAUUCCAAAGGGGAAAGCGAUCUGUGCAUGUCUGUUUGUUUUUUUUUAAAUAUUUUUGAAUAUAUUUACCAUUUUAUUGUGUGUAUAUAUAGAUGACCAUAUAGGAAAUCGAUAUUUGUAAUAGUGGAUUUGUUAAUACUUUUUACAUAACAUUACUGUUUAAAUUGUAAACAGAUUUUUCUCAGGAUUAGUUUGCAAAAUAAUCUGAAUUGUCAUCUUAACAUCCAUGUAUAGGGAAGUGAUUAGCUCUCUUAUUCAAUUUUUUUUCCUGGGCUUUGAAAUGACAACAGAAUCCUGGUGACCUGCUGCUGAAAAAUGCUUCCUCUCUAAAGAAAAUGUUGAUGGUGGCAAAUGAUGGUUAUUUUAUUUUGUAAAAACAAAUAUAUAAUAUAUGUACUAUGUACUUUUGUGUAAACACUGAAAAACCUCUAGUCAUCUCUAAAAAUUAACUUGCAACUGUUUUCUCUAGUGCUGUCGUCUUGGGCAAUGGGGCAGUUACAUGACUUUGUAUUUGUUUCCUUUGCGUUCCUUUCUCUCCCUCCGCCCCCCUCCCUCCCCCCCUCCAAUAGGGGAAAAAAGGCCACCAUGUCUGGUCUCAUUCCUGUCUCAGUGAAACCUUGAGUUCCACAGACUGCAUGCUGGCUCCUCUGACCCUGUGUGCUGCACGUGCUUGUUUUUUCUCAUCUCUUAUUCUUUUUUAAAUUCAUGCUUAACUACUGUGGGAGAGAAUAACUGUAAACAGCUUUAAUUAAAUCAUACUUAUAAAAAACUAUUUUCUUAUACUUCACUUUAUGCUUUUGGUAUUGUUGGUCUUUAAAAAUUAAAUGGUCUUUGAUAAUGGAUCUAUUUUGUAUUGCCUUAUUAAGACCAAAUACUUCUUGUCAUCCCAUUCUUUAUCCUCUCCUUCCACGAAUUGUUAUCUUUAAUUAAAACCUUUUUUAAACAUCAGCUUGUUUCAAUCAUACAGUAAAUUUUCGUUGUGGUCAGCUCUGAGUGCUAAUGAAAUGUAUAAUUCUGUUACUUGUCACACAUUGAAUUUGAAACUCGUUUGGGAAUAUUUACUAUAAUAGAAUGUAAGUGACAUUUCCGAAAAUGCUUUCUUUUAAGGUGAAAGCUCUUAUGUUUAGCAUCAAUGUAUGAGGCUCUCUUAAUUACAGCCAUUUCUGAGUUGAGAUUAUUUUAUUUAUAUAUAUAUAUGUGUGUCUAUAUAUAUAUAUAUAUAUAUAUAUAUAUAUAUAUAUAUAGACACACAUACACACACAUACAGAUAAAGUACUGCUGGCUUUUAGGAAUUUCUUUUAUAUACGUUUAUGAAAUACUGAAGACCAAUGAGACCAUUAAUGGACACUUAGUGCAACUUUUUAUAAAGAAAAUAAUGCUACAGUAAGACCAAAACUGAUGUCAUCCCUGAAGUUAACAAUUUUCAAUAUGUUCGUAUUUUAAUUCACAACAGAAAAAUAUGUUUCAAAACUGGAAACUCAUAAUACUGGUGUAUACCGUGGAAGAUUUUAAAUGUGAUGUUACUUUGACAAUGUUUUAAAUUUUAGAGUCACAUUUUAUUCUGAUCAGAAUUUUUAUCAAGAUGUCUAGCUCUUGUUUUUUGGAACUGGUUUGUCAUAACAUAUUGCGCGCAUAAUCACAGUAUUUAUUUUCUAGGACUAUGGUGAAUGUGUAGACUUAUGUUUACUGCUAAGGGAACAAUUAUUUAUAAAAUAAAAUUAAAUCCAGUAUUAGCUGCCUAUUUCAGACAUUGAAUACGUGCAGAGCUCCAUGUUACAUUUACCACACUGAAGUUUUUGUUUUGUUUUGUUUUGUUAAGAAUCACCCUCAUUGUUGAAAGUGAAUGUACUCUUAGGGGCAGAUAUUAGUGUUCCAAUAAGCAUGUGAUUUUAUUAAGGUGGUGGUAGCGGGAAGAUAAUCUUGAUUCCAUUGGGAAUCUUAGGUUUUCGUAAAUUUAUUGGGAAAAUAGUUUUUCCUGUACUGCUGAAGUUUCUUUUUGGUAAACAGUAUCUUUCUAAAAGAAAAAGCAUGAAGGAGAUCUUGAGGUGUGUAUGUUUCCUCAAACGACCAGCGUUGCACUCGUGAAUACUGUGUAUCUUGCGCGAUGAACAGUGUGGAAGCUGUUCUCUUUUCAAUCUGAAGUAAAAUACUUUCAAGAACUUUUA